CAUCAAUCACCAUCACCACCAGCCAGAUACAAGCAAUCCAAGCUCCAUCAGUCUCGCGCAGCUUAUGUCAAGCAAGUCCUCCCCUCCCCCUUGCUGCCACAACAUCCUGUACUUGCUCGACAUCCCUGCAGCCCUUCUUCCCCAACAAGACCAUGAUCGGGGUGGCCAUUGGCUUUGGCGUCGCAUGCCUGGUGUACGCGGGCGUGAGGUAUCAGCGACGCCGGCAACUUCGCAAGGCGAUGCGACGACAGCAACGACAACAGCAGCAACAAGCACGCCGCCCCCACCCAGCAGCGGCGCCGGCAGCAACGAUAAUCGCACGCAGACGAACACAUGCAGCAAGCCACGCUCACAUGCAAGACGCAGACGACCCACGCCAACGCGCUGCUCACCACCACCAGCACCACCACCACAGGCGACACCGGCACCGGUCCCACCAUCGACCGCGACACCCUGACCACCAAGUCUUGAUCCCAACAACAACAGCAACCAUUGCGACAGACCACCUUCCGUCGUACGAAGAGCUCGAGAACCAGCCGCCUUCGUACGAAGAUGCCGUCGCCUCCUCAACUGCACCGCCGCCGCCGGCAGCAGAAGCGCAGCGCACCCUGCCCCAAGCACCGCCAAGCUACACCCGGCCUUCCACCGUGUCCAUCUAACUGAUCGUCUCACGCGGCUGCUGCUCCUGGCAUGAAAGCCCCCAGCGUGCACAGCGUGCGUUCGUGUUCGCCUAAGAGCGUCUUAUCUGAAGAGCGUGUUAUCUCGAAGAUGUGUUCAUUUGCGGUGCCCCCUCCCCCCUCAUCUCAUCGCUUGCUGUGUUCCCGUUUGUCAUCAGCCACCACACCUUAUUUGUUCUCAUGCACGUAUGCCUGUCGCUCUGCUGUUCGUGCCCCACGUUCUUGUGCCACGCAUAAGCCACCACGCUCGAGGCUCCGUCCGUCUACCUGUUGCUUCGCCAGUGCGAUUGUAAUGCACCUAACCAACCAAAUAAACAAGCACGUGUCCCUA